AUGCUUUCCCCUGAAAAGAGCCGCUGUGUACACUUUUGUCGGAAACGGAGUCUCCAUCCUGAUCCUGUAAUACAAAUUCGAGGUGUUGAUAUUCCAGUCGUUGAGGAAGUACGUUUCUUAGGGGUCAUAUUUGACCGGAAACUCACUUUCCUUUCGCAUGUUCUUCAUCUGCGAAUGAGGUGUGAAAAAUCCCUCAACAUCCUAAAAGUUCUCUCGACUACAAAAUGGGGGGCAGAUCGAACAUCUUUACUUCGUAUCUAUCAGUCUGUGAUUCUGUCGAGAAUUGAUUAUGGAUGCGAAAUAUAUGGUACAGCUCGUUCUGGUGUUCUCCGAAAUUUAGACACAGUACACAACGGUGCUUUGCGUAUAUGUUCUGGAGCUUUUCGUACAUCACCAAUUCAUAGUUUGAAUGUGAUCUGUCAUCAACUUCCACUUUAUCUGAGAUGGAAAAAAUUAUCUGAACUAUAUUUUUUCCAUAUUGAAUCUUCUAUCAAUCACCCUCUUCGUAGAAUUAAUUUACCCAUUGGCCUGGGACGAUUAUAUAAUGCACGUCCUUCUAAUAUCCUACCUUUUCGUGAAAGGGUAAAAAGAGCUUUUGCUGAUGUAAAUAUUUUAAAUCUGCAGAUUCAUAAUACUACUGCUCUUGCUUUGCCACCCUGGGAUGUCCCAGAAAUAUCAUAUCUUAACCCUUUUCUCACCUAUGACAAGUCUACCACUUCAUCUAUUGUCUUUCAACAACUUUUUCUAUAUCACCGCAAUGAAUACUCUACGCACAUUCCUGUUUUUACGGAUGGCUCAAAGACAGCUUAUCAUGUGGGUUGUGCUGUCGUCAUUGCUGAGGACACAAGCAGUUUUCAAUUGAGUACUUUGUGUUCGGUUUUAACUGCUGAACUAAUGGCAAUUAUGAUUGCUCUUGAAAAAAUUUCUAAUCUCAGUGACCAUAAAUUCUGCAUUUAUUCUGAUAGUAUGAGUGCUCUGGAGGCCCUCAGCCAUCCUCAUACUAAAACACAUCCACUAGCUAUAGAUAUCCUACAUCUUUGGAGAAAUUUGCAAACUCGGAAUUACCAAAUUUUAUUUUGUUGGUUACCAGGCCACGCUGGCCUUUUUGGCAAUGAAUCUGCCGAUGCUGCAGCAAAGGCAGCAUCCACUUCUCUACAACGACCUGACAUCACUUUGUGGCUGGUAGUUCCAGUACGCGAGUUGGACGUCAAAUUGACUCGGCUUCGCAUUGGCCAUACUCGCCUCGCACAUAAACAUCUUCUAUUUGGUGAGCGAUGUCCAACUAUAACUUGUAAACCGCAUAUCCAGAAAGAUAAAUCCCCUCAGGGGAUUCUACUCACCUACUAUAGGUGCGGUUGCUCACCUACUAUAGAGCCUAAGUGUGCGAAUUGUGCACAGCCUCAUGAAUCCAGCUCAAAAUACUGUCCGACUUGGAAACACGAAAAAGAAAUUGAGAAACUGAAAGCACAGAAGAACAUAUCCUACGCCGAAGCACAAAAAGCCGUUUCUGGAACACUUGGAGAAGUUUCUGCCAUUCGCAAACUUCGUUCGGGAGAUUUGUUGGUGGAAGUUAAUUCUCGAAAACAAUCUCAUCAAAUUCUCAAACUGAAAGCAUUGGCUACAAUUCCCAUUUCUAUUGUUGCUGAAAAAGUUCCUCCCGCAAAAACAUCCGAAUCUGAUACAGAACCUUUCACAAACAGUGCUCCUGAAUCUCACGAUCCACCGAAACGUAAACUAAAACGAAAGCCUCCACGUGCUCUUAAAUGA